AUGCCUCCCUUCCCUCUCCUCCGUCUUCCUCGAUUGGUCCUGUGCGAAGUAUUCAAAUCAUUGAAUAUCGAGGAGAAAAUCAAACUCUCUAUCUGCUCCAAGAAAAUCUCUUUUCAAAUCAAUAAUGAUCGUAUGUACUCUCAAAAGGUUAUAGUCAGUCUGGACAUGAUCAACCAAGGAAUCAGAGUUCACUCUGAAAAUGACGAAGAUGCAUUUAAAGUUUUCAUUGAUCUAGAUAUCCGGAAAAUGAAUUAUUCAAAGCAACAAUUUUCUAUUGCAUGUCGUACUGUAAAAGUUAUGUCUACCCGAAAAAAAUUCAAAAUGUACUGGAAGAAUUAUCAAGAAGGAUUUUUAUCGGUUAUUCGGCAUCUAUUGAAGAUGUUUCAAUGCAAGAUUUCAACUAGUUUUGAUUGUCAUGGUAGUGAUAUAUUUCAACCAACAAUUUCAACGUUGUUUGAUCUACAACUGGAAUUCAAGAUGCUCAAUAUUUGCCUCAAAGGAUCAAUGGAAGAAAACUUGUUGUGGAACCAGAUAUCCAGUGAUUUGCGACGGGUGGAGUAUCUUACCAUCUCAUCUGUUCCUAAUCCUGGUUUCACACCAGUUAUCACUUCAUGGCCACAGCAAAUUAGUAUCAUGAAUUCCGCUUGGUUCACUCUUGAAUCUCUUUUGACGUGCACUUGCAAUAUAAUUACAAUCGGGAGGUCCGACCUGGAAAACAAGGAUUUGGAUGAUAUACUCAAUAAUUGGAAGACUGGAGCAUUCCCGAAUCUAGAAUAUCUGUACAUCAAAGGUAAAAAUAUUACAAAUAAUGGAACGACGAUUUUGGGAAGGAAUUUGAUGGAGUUAGAUGGAAUGAUUAUCCAAACUGAUAAUGGAUCAAAGAAGGCAACUAUUAAACUUGGCUUCCCCUGGGCGAUCGAAAUUUAUGUGACUCCAUUUGAAUAA